AUGGCUGAAAGCUCGGAAGUCAAUGCUAUGUUUGAUCAUCUUGAGGAUCUUGAAAAGUCCAGGACUGAUUGGAAGAUAAAGGUUCGGGUGACUAGAUUAUGGCCUACAAGCAAUGCUGAGUCAGGCGUCGUUAAGGGAUUCAACCUCAUUCUGUUGGACGAUGAUAACUACCACCUUCAUGCUUAUGUGUAUCCCGACACAUGGAAAGCUAUUGGGAAAGAUGUGAAAGAGGGUGGUGUUUACAUUAUUGAAAGUUUCCAAGUCCGAGACACAUAUGGUCGUCUAAGGCCAGUGUCAACAAAUGUUGAUCUCCGCUUCCUGAAUUCAACUAAGAUUCAGCCUGUUGAGGAUGAUAUCAUGAUCCCACUGCACAAAUUUGAAAUUCUGGAGGUCGGUGAUUUGAUUGAACCAGGUGGUCAGAGUGAAGUUGAUGAGAAUCCUGAGUAUGCUCUAGAUGUUAUUGGUAUGAUUGAAGAGUGGGAGCCGGCGUCCCGUGUUCCAACCAGGUACGGGGAAAGGGAGACACUACGAUUCAAGUUAUCUAAUGGAAGGGUAUCAUAUGGUGUGUGCUUAUGGGGGGAGUUGGCUGUUACUGUAAGCAAAGAAUAUGAAUCUGAAAAGAAAAAGCCUGUCGUCGCGAUUAUUGCAAGCUCUAAGUUGACGACAUUUCGACAAGAAUUACAAAUUGGUGCAUUGCCAUCCACAAGGAUUUAUUUAAAUCUUAACAUUGAGGCGGUUGAACUUUUCCGUAAAAGAUUGGAAGCAGAAGGUUACAAAUCACCCGUUGUUGCAAGGAGAGCCACUAUAACCCCUACUCCUGCUACUCCUGUAUUAAUGUUUUCGUUGAGACAUUUGACAGAAAAGAUCACAUCUUUGGCAGAAAAGAGUACUGUUAUGGUGACUUUUAAGAUAUCUGAUAUUGAAGACAAGGAAAACUGGUGGUACUAUGCCUGUCAGUCAUGCCACGAAGAAGUCGAAAAGGUUGAAAGAAAGUACAAGUGUACUGUUUGUCCCCGUAGCUUCUCAUAUGGGGAAAAGAGGUUUCGACUACUGGUGUUAGCUGAUGACAACUCCUUUGCAUCUACAGUUCUUCUUACGGAUCGUGUGGUUAAACGUUUAGAACAGACCACAGUCACCAAUCUCAUGAACUCUUCCAAAGAGGCUCCUAUCAGUGAGAUGCCUUCAGUGCUGAAAAACAUUGUUGGAAAGACUGUUACCGUAAAGAUAUCUCUCUCAAAAUCUAAUGUUGAUGGAGACAGUAACAUAUACAGAGCUGUGGAUUUGUGUGAAGGUUCUGUUUCUGGCAAGAAAGCUGCUGAGUAUUCCCCUAUUACUAAGUUCCCGUCAUUUGAUCAAUCACAGACUGAUGAUUAUGUUGUUUGCUUGGAGACUCCUACUUCAUCAGAUUCUGUUUCUAAGAAGAUAAAAAUGGAACCUUGA